AUGUCUGACGAGGUCUCCGACUUUUUGCGCUCAGUCGAGUCGUUGAGGGAGAGAGAUGAGGCCCGAUCGCGCGAGCUCGAGGAAAAGAUUCUACAGGAAAAGAGAGAGAGACAAGCUCGCCGAGAAGAGCGCGCAAGAUCGAUUUCACCACAAAAGUCGUCACCAGCAAACACACCGCCACCGACUGCCUAUCGCGUCGGCAUCCAGCCGUCGGAAGCCAACGGCACCGCUCUAGAAUCGCCUGGUCUCAAGAGCUCAGGGAGCCCCCGGCAACCCGUAUCCGAAUUUUCCUUCGAUGCGAUGGGAUCUGCACCCGAUCAUUCGAGCUCUCCGUCGAAAGAGAACGAGUCUCCGUUCGAUUCGGAUAUCAAACGGACCAGCGUGACUCUUCCGUCGCCCUCCAUUGCAGUGCCGUCCGCACGAUCUCCCCUCUCGUGGCAGAGACGGCCAACCUCACAGGCCUCUGAUCGGCCGAAAAGCCGACCUCUAUCCAUGGUUGCUGCCGAAAACGCCGCCCGAAAUUUUCCUGGCAGCUCCGAGCCCACCGAACAGACCAGUUCACGCGAACAAAUCGUCCAGACCCUGGCCGGGAAGGAUCCGUCCUGGUUUCGCCAGACCGCUGACCCAGGGCGCGGAUCUGGGGCAUUCAGGAAGACCCAAGUGGAGAAUCAAGAUACGGUCGACAUGCCUUCUACACGCACCCAACUUCCGGGCAUGUCACGGGAGCUGACGGCAGAACCUCCCAAAGACAGCCCAGUUGCUCGACCGGUGACGCCCACCACCCUGCCCGCAAAACUGGGUUCUCCGCUUCCCUUGACUGGCGCUCAACGUUUGGAGCCUCCGGUCAACGAUAGUGCAGAAGACGCGAAUACAUCCUCGAUCAACCGCCAGUCCAUGACUUCCCCGCCAGGCCGCACCUCGCCCACCAGGCCGCUCUCACCCACCAAGGGCAUGGGCGGCUUCGUUCAGAGUGCCAUGAUGAAGCGCUCAGAUAGCGUCAAACGUUGGAGUGUCAACUCCCCUGCUGGCUUGCAACGCGCGGAUUCCGCUCGCUCCAGCGUUAGCGACCUUGACAACGGACAGCGCCCCACCACUCCGAAGAGUGGCGUGCGCCCAAAGAGCUUGCUCAGGAGAGCCUCCGAAGCGCCUGCUCCCGCCGAGGAGAAGGUGCCCGAGCCCGACGAGCCGGUCGCUUCUGUUCGGCCAACAACGCCGGCAGAGACAACAACGAAUAAUACUGAUGAGAUUAAGACCCCGCCGACAAGUCCGUCCAAGACGAUGGACUCCCGGCGGUGGAGCCCAACAAAAAGUUCCAGCUGGCUCGAAGCCGCCUUGAACAAACCCGAGUCACCCAAGGCCAAGCCGGCCCCUCCUGCGCCGACCCAGCCGGCGUGGAUGGCUGAGCUGAACAAGGCGAAGGCCCAGAAAGCGAGUGCAGAUCUCGCCCGUAGUGCGUCUUUACCCAAGAAGCACGAGGUGAAAACUGGUGGACUUCUGAGGUCGACUCCCAUGGGCACAACGCUCAAGCCAAGCGCCCUAAGCGGCUUUCCAGUUGUCCCCCCUGCGUCAACAGCCGACAAACCCGCCGUCGGAGGAUUGCGCGGCAGCCUCAGGAAAGCAUCCCCGACGCCUGAGAGCCCAGCCGAGAGCAAAGGGGACCUCGCAGCCACGUCCAAUGUCGAACCGGAAGCAUCUUCAAAGAAAGAUUUUCGCGCCAACCUCAAACCCCGCGCCCCGCCCCCCGAAGCCAAAAAAACGGACCCCGCCGAUGAGUUGAAAAGCGUCUUUGGGACUCUACGGAGGACCAAGACGCAGAACUACGUCGCCCCGGAUGAGCUGAAGGAUAACAUCCUCCGCGGCAAGGCGGGGCUGAAUCUAACAGGUGGACCUAAGAAGACGGAGAGGAAAGACGAAUUCAAGGAAGCUAUCCUGAAGAAAAAGGAAGAAUUCGCAAAGGCCCAACAAGAAGGGCGCAGUGUGACGAGGAAACCUGGCUCUUUGAGUGAAGAUUCUAUCCCUGAGGGUCUCGCAAAGAAGCUGGAGUUGCAGCGGACAGGAACAGUCUCGAAACAAAGUCCGACUACGCCAGAUUUUCCCCUGAAAAGUCCUAUACUCGCAGAAUCGGCCCACCCCAACCAGAUCUCUACGCGCACCUCCCAGAAGUCAGCAGAUGCCCCAGCUCGAAUCGGAGGCAAAAUCGGGGGCUUAGCAGACCGUUUUAAUCUUGAGUUAGCCGGCCUCCUUACUAAAGGCCCUCCAUCAGCAUCGGGGCCCGGCAACACAGGCGCAUCGAACGCUUCCGCAACAUCUCAAGCGGAGUCUGAGCCUGCUGGACCUGGCCCUCGAUUGACUCAUCUGACGAAGAACCGAGCCCGUGGUCCUAGGAGGAAGGCUCCGACUUCUGUUGCUGUUCCAGCUGAGGAGGCCAAGGGGAAGGUGGAGAACACUACCUCCCAGUCGGAGGAAAAGGCCUCGCCUCUUGUGCCCAGGAGGCCGUCGUUCCCCUCGCUUAAACCAUACGAGCUCGGUUCCAUUCCCAAGGAGCAAACAUCCCCGCCAAAACCUAGUAGACCAGUCAUCUCUCCCAGACCAGAGAAGUUCGUGGCAUCAACGCCUGAGAGCAUCCCACCGGCGGCCUCUGGCCAGUCAGCAGACAAGCCGAAAACCGUGGGCGAGGUCACCUCCCUGAUCGACUCGACCAAACGCUUGUCCAAGGAGGAGCCCAAAUCGGUCAGCCAGCCCACCACGUUGGUUGGAUCUACGCCGGUCAAGACUCGGCCCCGUUCACCUACCAAGGUCCAUGAACAAGUGGCCGCUCUAGCUGCAUUGAGCCAGCAGUCGCCAAAACCUGCCGGCUCCGGCGAAGCUGCUUCUCAGCCCUUAUCACCCAAGAAGCUAGACAUGAAGAGGAUGUCGAGGUUUAUGGACGAACAGGGUCAAUCGAGUCCAAAGGCUGAGCCUGCCAGCUCUAAACCGUCUUCGCCGAUCAAGGGCCGGUCAGAUUCCCUCAGGUCAAGGCCGUCGUCGCCUGCAUCGGUAAGCGAUUAUGCUGAGCUGAAGCCUUCACUUCCGACAAAGAGUGCAGGGCAACUGUCGAGUGGUACAGGCCUGGGCUUGACACAACCCACUGCCGCGCCAGAACCGGUGAUCGAUAAGUCCUUCGCGGCUGAGCGGCCGUCGCCGUUGCCUGCAAAAAUCUCCAGGCCACUUCCAACACCUCCCGCUGUGUCCUCUCCUCCGGUGACAUCUCCACGCACAACCUCCCCAUGGUCGCCAGGCAAUCAGUUCUCAGAUGCAACCUCGCUCCUUAGUGAUUUUUUUGGACCAGAGCGGCCGAGACGGAAAUACACGGCCGACGCAGCCGAUAUCCUCAUGAGGCGGUCGGCCUCGACCGCCAAGGUCCAGACGCAACGGGCUCAACUGAUCCAACUGACCUCGGAGGGCAAGAAGAUUCCGGUGCCCUCGCACUAUGAGCGUGUCCUCUUCGAGCGCGAGAUGUACGUCUGUCCGCAUACCUAUAUUGACAGUACCGGAAAGAAGGUAAACGAGGUCUACUUCUGGGCCGGCGACGAGGUGCCCGAAUCGGAGGUCGACGACGCUCAUCUGUUCGCCGCGCGUGAAGCUAGGGCGUAUGGUGGAAAGCUGGUCAGGCUCACGCAAGGCAAGGAGACCUCCGAGUUCUUGCAGGCGCUCGGCGGCAUUGUCAUUGUCCGCCGCGGGUCGAGCAACAAGUACGACUCGCUCGCGCCAAAUUUGCUCUGCGGCCGGCGGUACCUCGGUCAAGUCGCGUUCGACGAGGUGGACUUCUCCCCGCUGAGCCUCUGCUCCGGCUUUCCGUACCUCAUCACGCAGAACGGGAAGUGCUACCUCUGGAAGGGCAAGGGCAGCGACGUCGAGGAGCUGGGCUGUGCCAAGCUAGUGGGCAUGGACCUGGCCUUGACGGGCGAGCUGAUCGAAGUGGACGAGGGUAGCGAGCCGGACAGCUUCUGGCACAUGUUUGGCGGCGGAACUCGUCCCAACUCUGCCGACCACUGGCGGCUGAAGCCGAACUACGACAAGUACUGCGGCAGGCUGUUUUGCGCCAACAACGCCGCCGACGAGGAGCAGAUAACCGAGCUCUCCCCCUUCUCCCAAACCGACCUCCUUCCCUCUAAUAUCUACGUCCUCGACGCCUUCUUCGAGCUGUACAUCAUCAUCGGCGCCCGCUCGCAGCACCAAUACACCGCCUUCCGCAACGCGCUCGACUUUGCUCAGGAGUAUGCCAUUCUGGCGGCGGGCAUGGAGGACCGCCCGUUCGUGCCCAUCGCGACGGUCGUGCUGGAAGGCAUCCCCCGCGACAUGAAGAGCGUUUUUCGGAAGUGGAGGGACGGCAAGAGUCCGACUGUUAUGCAUGUCCCGCCGCCGCAGCAGCAGACGCAGAUGGCGCAGCAGGGAACAGGGUUGAAGAGGGCGAGGAGUCUGAAAAUUGUACCGUUGACGCAGGCGCUGCAGGCGUUGUCGGCGGAGUAA